AUGUGGUUACAGGUGAUGGAAAAGGACAAUACAAGUUCUUUUGAAGGAUUCAUCUUGGUGGGCUUCUCUGACCGUCCCCACCUGGAGCUGAUCCUCUUUGUGGUUGUCCUCACCUUUUAUUUGCUCACUCUUCUUGGCAACAUGACCAUCAUCUUGCUUUCAGCUAUGGAUUCUCGGCUGCACACCCCAAUGUAUUUCUUCUUGGCCAACCUCUCAUUCCUGGACAUGUGUUUCACCACAGGCACCAUCCCUCAGAUGCUGUACAACCUUUGGGGCCCUGAUAAGACCAUCAGCUAUGUGGGUUGUGCCAUCCAGCUCUACUUUGUCCUGGCCCUGGGAGGGGUGGAGUGUGUCCUCCUGGCUGUCAUGGCAUAUGACCGCUAUGCUGCAGUCUGCAAACCCCUGCAUUACACUGUCAUCAUGCACCCACGUCUCUGUGGGCAGUUGGCUUCAGUGGCAUGGUUAAGCGGCUUUGGCAAUUCUCUCAUAAUGGCACCCCAGACAUUGAUGUUACCCCGCUGUGGGCACAGACGAGUGGACCACUUUCUCUGUGAGAUGCCAGCACUAAUUGGCAUGGCCUGUGUAGAUACUAUGACCCUUGAGGCAUUGGCUUUUGCCUUGGCAAUCUUUAUCAUCCUGGCACCACUGAUUCUCAUCCUCAUCUCUUAUGGUUAUAUCGCACGAGCAGUACUGAGCAUUAAGUCAGCUGCUGGGCGAAAAAAGGCCUUCAACACUUGCAGCUCCCAUCUUAUUGUUGUCUCUCUCUUCUAUGGUACAAUCAUAUACAUGUACCUCCAGCCAGCAAACACCUAUUCGCAGGACCAGGGCAAGUUUCUUACUCUUUUCUACACAAUUGUCACCCCCAGUGUUAAUCCCCUAAUCUACACACUGAGAAACAAAGAUGUUAAAGAGGCUAUGAAGAAGGUGCUAGGAAGGGGCAUGCAGAAGCAUAAUAAGGGGUAG